AGGCCGUGGAUCCAGCCCUUACGAGGACAUUACUACCAGAGAGUAUUGACUCCAGUGCAGAGGAUAAAGCAGCAACCAGAAUCCAGUCAAGCUACAGAGGACAUCUAGGACGUAAACUAUAUCUACAACGCCUACUCCAGCAAUUCAACAGGGAUGAAGAGCAGAGGAGGAAUCACAUGUUAAAGCAGGUUGAAGAAGGAGAACUAUUACUUGAAAAUCACAGAUUGGAGGUAGAAUUUGAAGACAACAUAUGCGUGAGGAGAAAUCGGCUACAAAGAUAUGAAUCGAGGAUAAUAACAAUCCAACGUGCAUGGAGGAACUAUAAACGGAGGAAAGAACACAUCACAAGGAAGGACACAUUACAAGAAUCACUCUCUGAAAGUGAUGAAGACGAUGAUGUAGACGACAAUGAUGAUGACGAUAAUGAUUUAUCAAACGACGUCAACGGUAACCAUCAACUACCCAGUGAGAGUGAUAUAAAUUCUUCACAAACAGACCUACAGAGGGAGACAAACCGAAGCGUGGAGGGAGAGAAAGAUAUUCAGCGUCAGGAUUCAACCUCUUCAGGUGGUGAGAGCCAGUCAGAACCUGUUGCCAUGACAGCAGUGGGAGGAUCCAAGAAGGGGAUCGCUAUGCUGCACGACCUGGGGAGCAGCGUUGAGCUGGACGACAAAGCCUGCUAUGAAACCUCUCCAGAAACACCAAGCCGAAGACGCCAGGGUAUAAACCGCUUGAGUCUGGCGGAGGAGUUGGCAGCCAUGGAAGAAAGAAUCAUGGAAGACUCGCUUGAUUUUGACUCGCAGAACGAGGAGAGCGAUUAUUAUGCAAGCUCAAGUUGUGUGACCUCACCCGAAGGGGAGGGCGGGAACGAACACAUCGGCAAGAGACCCGUGGUGUCGUUGUCCAGGAAUAUAGGUGGGAAAGAAACUCCCAGCCCUAGUGAAAUGAGGACUACAGAGGGCUCCCCUCACAUUGAGUCGUUUGAUCAGAAUAAAAACACAAAUGAUUUCAACGCUAACGCUUCUUCCUGCCUGAUGGAGGAGUCUGAACUCACCGAGGCUCUGGCCAAACUUAAGACCAAGCUAGGCACGGCUUACAUGGACAACCAGACUCCCUCCAGUACUCUACACCAGGUUGAUGGCAAUGAAAGGAGCAUUAAUAGAGUAGGGGAAACAACCCCCAAUGAAACUAAUCGAGUGACACAUUCAACGACUUCCUCCAUACUGUGCAGCGCCACGACGCUGACUCAUAGUCAGUGCGACCCUGUGCACAGUGCACCAGCAACAACAAGCGCAACAACCACAACAACAUGCAAUCGGGGCACAAACACGCAGACUACGGUCACGAACACCACCACCACCGCACGUUGUACAAACUCUGACCCCUCGGUCGGGAAGAGGUCGAUUAGGGAGGGUGGGGCGCCCCCUAGAGGUGGGGUAUGUAAGAGUUCAGCUGGUCUUGAUACAUCCUUGCCUGUGUUGGAUUGGGACUCGUUGGAGAAACACCUUGCAAAAAUGGAAAAGGAAGAAGAGCAACAACAAAGUGCUAAACAGUCACAGAAGAAUUCGCGGCAGGAGAUACUCCGCAAGCUAGCCAUGGGCGCCGACGAGGAGGCAGAGGGCGACAUUUACGGCAAGGGACGGGACAAGCUCUCGGCUCGCCUCCAGGGCGGCAUGAACCUCCAGAUCUGCUUCGUCAACGAGAAUCUUGACUCGGAUGAUGAUGAAGGGUCAAAGGUUGUUGCCUUGCCAUCUUCAAGCACUAUUCCUGGACCUAUUGUAGGCAAUAGAGACAGUCGGUACCUGUUUAGCAGAGAGUGUAGCGCAAGUAGUACCAGCAGUUCAGCUUCUCCAAAGGCUCCAUCAGUAACAUUUGAAGACAUUGAAGACUUUGAAUCAAAGAAAGCACACCUGCAGGAAGAGGCCAGGAUUGCCUGGUCCAAGGCGGAACCACUGGCUAAACUACAGAUGGAACUGGAGAGGCAACAGAGAAAGUCCUCGCCAUCAUCGGCCCUGUGUCAUUUAUCAGGUUUAGGUGAUCUACCCAUCAGUUUGCUUGGGAAACGAUUCCAAUAUAAAACCUUGAGCAGAAUGAAUGUCAGCAAACUACAAAUCAUCCUCAAUGAUCUCCACUCACAAAUUGAAAGGCUGAAUGAGGAUCUGGUGCAGUGUCUGCUGGCACGGGACUCCCAUAAGAGGGAACAGGAGUCGAGACUCAUCGACAUAGAGGAUCUGAACAGGUGGAUUAGAAUGAACUUACAGCAGAACAACAACAGCACACUCAUCAGCAAGGAGCCUCUCGGGGAAGACGGCCGUAAACAGCGCCACCAGUACGAGGCCCUCCUCCGUCUCCUAGGCAACACGCUGCCCGCAUCAGGCAAGAAGUGCUUCUGCGGGGUUAGUCGUAGUUCCUCCGUGGUCUCCAACCGAUCCGCUUCCAGUCCCGAACCGGACUCCAUCGGGGGUAUCCGACCGGCGCCCCUCAGUCCAAUCAGCCCAGGGAGCUGCCGGUCCGAGUCGGCCGUUAACAGUCUCACGGAGAGCCACGCCUCCAGCCCCGAAAUGACGUGGGUUCGACAAGCCAUCGUACGCUACUGGCAUAAUUGACCCCACAUCUAUCUCUCCCUCUUACUAACCCACCCCUUCUUACACCCCUCCACCACUUAUCAGCUGCACCCCUAUGGCUCCUUAAGUUCCAGCAUGUGUGUUUAAGUUUCAUAAGACAUUAGUUAUCAUACAAAAUCUUCUCUUUCUUUUACAUGUAAGUGAAUGGUAAGUGGGGAUCAAGCAGUAUCUGCAACAAAGUUCUUUGAAUCUAUCUGUGUGUUAGAAGAUAUAGCAAUGUGAUGCAUAUUACGCUCACGUAAUUAAAAACCUGCCACGAUUUACCGAAUUCUAUAGUAUGUGAAGUGGCCUUUGAAAUCUGACAGACACUCUUUAGUCCGCAAAAACAGACUCUAAUAUCACCCUUUGAAAUAAUCAUGUUUUGUGGCCCAACCCAAAUACUUGUAGGUGUAUGCUUCUUAUAGAAGACAACAAAUUUGAAGGGAGUAGAAACUAAAUUCAAAUAAUUUGUGUUUCUUACAGUAUAAAAAAUGUUUGAAUGCAGUGCCAAGAGCCCCAAUGUUUUCAUGUAGCAAACUAUAUUAAAAAAAACAAAAACAUUAAAGAUGAUUAAAAAUCCUCACUUCCUAAGAGUCAAAUGUAAAAAAAAAACGUGUAAUUUUUUUUUAAUUAAACAAUUGUGUAGGAAUACCAAUAUUUUUAAAUUUUCAUUUCAAUCGACUUCUUUUCUGACCAAAAAGAUUUGAAAUGAUUUGCUCUCUUGUGAGAAUUGUUCUAAUCCACCAGUAUUAGGAGGUUUCUGAGGUUUUUGAAUUAUUUUGUGGAAAAUCAGCUUGAAUUAAAUUGCCAAUCACACAUUUGAGGGAGAGAUACGUGUACUUGUUUUAAGUUUAACAUAAUUAUUACUUCUUUACUUCAUGUCCAUGUCAAUUUGAUCAGACAACAUAAUCACUAGCUUUUGAAAAUACAAUCUCUAUAUUCUUAAGAAAUGCAUAUAUUUGUAAAAAAGAAAAAAAAAAGUAUUUAUUACAUAAUCUUGUUUAGGUGAGGAUACAAAUGUGCACCAUCUUUAUCGUGACUUUGAUAAAAUGGUAUUGGUUUUUAUCACUAAGAAACGAUUCAAUAUUUAAAAAGGAAUGAAAUGCUGCAUGAGAAUCUGUCUAUUAUCUAGUUAUUCACUUCUCAAUGGGUCAACGUUUGCUUGCUAGAAAGUAGACUGAACUUUGGGAUUCAACUCUGCUUUAGAAAACAAAAUAUUGCCAAUACACUUCAUGGAUAGGUGUCACAGAUCCUGGGCAACAUAAAACCACAACAAAAUGAUACGCCACCAAAGACAAAGAUUACCUGUACACACACAUAUUAUUUACUGCAGCAACUGUUUCAAAUAAUAUGGAACCAGAUAAAAAUGGAUCAGAGAAUUGCACUUCAGUUUGUAUAUACACUGUUUCAAUUGAUACAAAAUAUGUAGUAAAGUGAUCUGAUGUACAUGUAUUUCAUUUUGUGUGUGUAUUUUGAAAUUUUAUUUUUGUAGAAAAGCUAAAAAUAUCGUUUAAAAAUGUGAAUAACCCAUGGUGAAAGAGCAAUAAGUAGAAAAUGAUCUCAAAUUCAUGAGCCAUAUUUAUCCUUUCUUUAUUAACGUACAAAACGUGUUUUAUAGUCGUAGCAACAAGUCCAUGAAAAAAAAUACUUUUUCUUUACCAGCUUCAGUGGAUUUUCUCAUUGAAACAUGUGUGUUAAAGGAAACCUUUUUAUAAGGACCACCUCCCUAUGAACCAUUUUGGGGUCUAUCUGUCUGUCUGGCUUUUCUGUUUUUUUCUUGAAAAUGCUCCAAAGCUGUUGAAUACUUUUUGUUAAUGCUUGAGGUCACUCAGCUAAGCUUUUCAUAACAUUUUUUAUCUUUCAAAAAGAAAAAAUAUAUAUGGCUCAUUUUAGAUGUGAUCAUUUUUGUACAAUUUGAUUUGCUUUCUAGUUUGCUUAAUACUGCUUUCAUUUUUAUAAUGCAAAAGAUUGAAAUAUUUUUGUUAUCAUUUAUGUAAUAAUAUCCCAUGCUUUCAUUCAUGCCAUUUGUAUUCAUUUAAUCAUCAUAUCCUUUCAAUUGAUCUUGUAACUGACCAUAAUUGAUAUCUUCUUUUUGCAUUGCUCAUAUCAGUGUUAACAUAUGUUAAUUUCUAUUAUUUGUUAUCAAGUGUGUGCUAAGAGAGAAUAGAAUUAUGCAGAGACAUCAAUCAGUAGAAAUCAAAAUCAGGCUAGAUUUGAUUUCAUUCUAUGAAUGCAUAAUUUGAUAUAUAUGACGGGGCAUGGGAUAUCAUUAAUAGCUCAUUUGGUCAGAAGAUAGUUAUGAUACUCUACUGUUCCACUUAUCUGAAAUUAUUAUUUUUUAAAUGAAACUACUAAAAUCUAAGAAUUGGAUGUAGAUAUCUUGUGAAAUUCUGAACAUAAAAUUGACAAUCUUCGACACUUAAAUCUUUAAUAUUCUUAUACACACUUCAGUUAAUUGCUCAAUUGAGUGAAAUCCUUUUCUCUCUGGUAUAUAUACAUCUGAUUUGAGAAAAAGUUUAAUUUCGCUAGAUCGUUAGUUGCAAAUCUGAUUGUUUUUUUAUAAUUUCUGAUGCAGUUGUCUUCCAUGCUGAAACUAUUUUUGUUGAUUCCCAGUUUGCCAAUAAAUAUUAUCUCGCUAUAUGUCGACUACACUGAGAGGAUUCUUCUUCUUGUACAUUUACAAUGUAAAAAGUUUUAUAGUAAGUUUAAUCCCUGUGCAUACAUGUAUGUACCAGUAUAUUGCAAUCCUAUUUUGUAAACUAAGUAGGAAAGUGCCAUGUACUUGUAUUUUGACAGACUUCAUGUAGUCUGUAAGCACCGACUUGUUGUCGACAAUUACAUUUUUGAUUAAUGUUGCAUUGAACCAAGUCUGAUUUAACCUUGUAUUAUGGUUGCGAGUCAUGAACUACAGCACAGGGGUUAUGUAGAUAGUCUACAGACAAGGAUUCGCAGACCCUGAUUUGGGUUAUACAAUGUUUUGGCAAGAUUUGAGUAUGUUUGAUGCAGACUAGGUAUAUAGAUUUCUUGCUUUGACAGUUUGUAUAUGCAUCGUGCAAUCAACUACAUGUAUCUGGGAGACAUAUCGUUGUUGACAAAAAUUUGAAUGGUAUUAUUUUUAUUUUGUUGCCAGUUAUACUAAACCUUUGAAUUUAGUGAACUUUUAAAAAAAAAAGCACAAUUGGGUAAAGAACAUAUGAAUGGAAUUAUUAGAAUAUCAAGAAAUAAAAUAUAAUUGUUUCAAAAACCAAGUUCUGUGUUUGAAUUUUUGGUAAUCUUUGCUCAAAUAGAACCAGUUACUCUUUAAAAAACAAACAAUGUUCAAUAAAUAUGUACAUGCCAAGAUGUGUGCUGAAAACAUGGAGUGCUAUAUGUGGGUUGCUAGACUAACGCUUAGGUAAUGAAUUUCAAAAAGACAUAGGGGCAUUGUGUGUACGUGUUUUAUAGCAUUAUGAUCGUUAAUUUGUUUUCUUUAUCCUUAAUAAAUUCUGAUCGCAAAAUUAUAGUGUAUCAUUACCAACAUAAUUAGAAGAAAUUUGUAUAAUUUUAUUAUAUCUUGGGAUUUGAGAUAGAUUUUUGAAUUCAGUCUGGUUUUAUUAUGCUGUGCAUUAAUAUGUGUUACAAGCUUACUUAAAUGUUCUUAAAUUGGAUUGUUUGCUUCAUUUUCGGGAAUAUUUACAAUUACACACAAGAGCAUGUGGACGGACAGAGUUUAUGGAACGUACAUACAGUGCAAGAGAGAGCGAUGGGUAGAUGAAAAUUAAAUAAUCUGUAUUCAUGUAGCUUCCUGAGAAGCAGAGGAACGUUGCAAGAUUUGCAUAAGAUAACUUUACGCCUCAGCUAUCCAUAAUGUGUUUCAAAGACGUGCAUUUGAAAUUCUCACAAUCUUGACAUUUUUGGAGAAAAUCUGUAUAAAUGUAAAACAGAUCUGAAUAAGCUCAAAGACAGAACCCGUUUUGGUAAGAAGCAUGCAAUUUAACUAGUCAUUCGACGGCAAUUCAUAAAAGUCUGCUAGAACUUUGCAUGGUGAUGGAAGUUUGUGUGUAAAUACAUGUAGAGUGAAAGAAUGAAGACUUGUGUUUUUAUUUUUCUAAUUUCAAAGAAAUAAAGCUUGGUGUAUAUCUCGCUUCUGUACAUUAUAGACCUCCCUCCCCCAUACUGGCGGAAGGUCAUCGAACUAUGAAUUGUAAAAUGCAUAUUAUAAAUACUAAUACAUAUUGAUUAUGACUGAAGAAAUGAAUGACUCAUUUUACAAAAUAAUGUUGAUGUAAUUAUAUAUAUGUUGUAUCAUUAAAGGACUAACUAAAAGUGACUUUAAAA